GUUAAUUUCUGUCUUUCCAAAAGACGUUUGUUAAUUCCAAAAGAAUGUGGUACGCCGAUAAAUACGUCAAUCUGUUGCUGUCGGCAAAUAAAGUUUUCCGAAUUAAAGCUCAGCAUUGAUGUUCAAAAGACAUCCCACAUCAUUGACGUAUUUCGGCUUGCUUGGUUUUGGAGAAAUCUGAUUUGACUGCUUCGAAUAUGGAAGAAACCGAAAUAGAUACCUCUGAACUGGAAGGUAGAAGAUUGGCUGCUCCUGUAAUAGAAGAAACUGAUUCGAUGGUUUCAGGAGGCAGGAUCAAGACACUUUCCAGAAAAGGACUGCUAUAUACAAGGGGAAAUAUGGAUAAACAAUUGUCGAAUCUAUUCCGGAACUUGAAGCACAAGUCAGAAAAUAUCGAGAAACUAAAGGCCGGCAACACAGCUCCUAGAAACGUUCAGCUUGAAUAUGCUAAAUGGUUGGAAAUGUAUGAAGAAUUUAUUAAGGUGAACGAGGAAUAUUGUACACUUCUAUCAGCAGAUGAGAAAGAAGUAUAUCUGGUUAAUAGCUGGGAGUAGAAAGAUACUUACUUGAAGAGUUUUAAGGUAUCUUAUGAGGGUUGGUAUUCGCAUGCGCAUUCACAAGAAAAACAGAGAAGUUUGGGUAGUGUUGGAUCACGAAUAAGUUGUAGCAGUACAGUAUCGUCAGCACGACUGAAGGGUGAACAAGAAAAGGCAGAACUUGAGGCUAUGAAAGUUUCUUUGAAGAAGAAACAAGAACUAGAAUUAAAAAAACUGAUGUUAAGACAAGAAGAAGAAGAACUGAAUUUGAACACUAAAAUGCCUAUAGUUGAAGCCAAGAAUGAAGUGUUAAAUAGAUUUGUGUGUCAAAAUGAUUACUUGAGUUCUAGACAGCCAGUCAAGUAUUAGUCCGUCAGUACUAAACUUAAAUGCCACCCCUUUUGUCCCUGCUAGUAAGAAUAAUGAUGUCACAAAUGUUAUGUCUAAUGUACAUGCAGCCACUACUUCUCAAUGUAAUGAAAUUGUAGGUUGUGGUUCAGGGCUUCAAUUACACACUGACACCACUUCUCACAGUAAUGAAAUUAUGAGAGGCAGUACUGGGGUGAACAUAGGUACUACAUUUCAGAAUAGUUUAGUGACUAAGGGCGAUGCAAGACCGCAUGUUCGUCCUGCAUUUCAAAGUACUGAAAUAACAAAUUGCAACGCAGGUUUAUGCUUAGAAUCUACAUCGCAAAAAGAUUCUGGUACAGGGUGUCAAAUAGGAAAUAUUGCAGGUCAGAAUGUCGAUACUAGAAAUGGGAUCGGGUUUCAGAAUAUUGAAAUGAAUGAUCAGAAUAGGUCUGUAAAUGUCAGAAAUGUAGGUCAUGAUCCAUGUCAAAGCUUGUUAAUGCAUGUGUGUCCUGUUAAUAGUGAGUCUCUUUCAGGUGAUAAUGCUGACUAUUUCCACAGCAAUAGGGCUGACAUCCCAGCUGAUAAUAAUAUUUUGUCUGUAGUCCGCCAUUUGAAGAAACCAACUGCAGAAAUUAAAAAAUUUGGAGGAGAUCCAAUGGAAUACCGAAAAUUCAUUCGUCAGUUUAACAUUAAAGUGGUAAUGAACUCUGAUAGUGAUGAUGAACGAAUUAGUUUCUUGGAGCAAUUUACUGUUAGUGAAGCUAAUCGUAUUAUCUCUGGAUUUAGCUAUCUUCCAGCGGAACAGGGAUACCCUGCAGCUCUCAAGGAGUUGGAAACGCGAUAUGGAGAUGCACAGCUCAUGGCUAGUGCAUUUAUCAAACGAGCAUUGGGUUGGCCGACUGUACGUGCGGACAACGCCAAGGCUCUUGAUGACUUUUCCAUUCUGUUGGUAGAGUGUGAAAAUACUGUGAAGAGUAUCCAGGCAGUUAAAGUACUCGAGUACCCAGACAAUAUAAAACGACUAGUGAGUAAGUUACCAUUUUAUCUACAUGAUAAAUGGAGGAAUAUAGUUCAACACACUGCCAGAAAAGGAGACACUGUAGAGUUUCAUCAGUUGGUGGAGCUUGUAAGAGAUGAAGCACGAAAGGCAAAUGAUCCAAUUUAUGGAAAGGAUGCUUUGAUCUUGGAGCACAAAGCACGUGAUGGAAAACGACAACCUUCUAAGCAAUCUGGAACAAAUCGUACAAGGGCUAGCUUUCUAACUGAUAUGUCAGAUUUUGUUCAGAUUGAAUAUUCAUCCGCAGAUGGUCCAGCUCAGAAAGAACGAGGUGUUAGGAAAGCACUGCAGAAAUCAAAAGAGCAGUUUUCCAAAAAACACUGCACAUAUUGUGAUCGUACCACCCACACAACAGAUAACUGUAAGGACUUAUUGGCUAUGCCCAUUUUGGACAGAAAUGAAUUUGUGAAAUCCAAAAGGCUUUGCUUUGGUUGUCUAAAGCCUGGACAUUAUAAAAACAAAUGCUACAACAAAUUAGUGUGUGCGACCUGUAAGUCUCAUCAUCCUACAAUGCUGCAUGACGAUAGCAGAGUCGGCAAGUUGAAAGGUUUGUUAAAAACAGAAAACGAGAAUAGUAACAGUAAAAUUUCUGUCCAAGGUGUAUGUGGUCAUACGAGGGCCGGAAAGGGUGAAUGUACCAUGGCCAUUAUUCCAGUUAGAGUGAAGCUGAAAAAUGGUUUACGCGAUGUCAAAACAUACCCUUUCUUUGAUCCGGGUAGUAGCGUCAGCUUUUGUUGUGAAAGUCUAGUUUGAGAGCUUGGUGGGAUGGGUCAUCGCAUGUCUAUCACGCUGGAUACAAUGGGAAAUCCAUUUUCGAUGGAAACAUAUGCUGUUGAUGGCCUGCAAGUCUGCGACCUGGAAUUGGAAAAUGAAAUUGACCU